AGGAGUGUAUUUGCUGUGUUUUUUCCUCAGGGCACCUUGAUAUUAGCUCCACUUCACUCUGUCCUCCAUGAUGAGUCCAUGUGGGAGACGCCACACACCUUCAACCCUCAACACUUCCUGGACCAGGAUGGUAAAUUUAGGAAGAGAGACGCCUUCAUGCCUUUUUCUGCAGGUAAGCGUGUGUGUCUCGGGGAGCAGCUGGCCAGGAUGGAGCUGUUCCUCUUCUUCACCUCCCUCCUCCAGAGGUUCACGUUCUCACCUCCUCCAGGAGAGAAGCCCAGUCUGGAGUACAAACUGGGAGCCACUCAUUAUCCCAAACCUUACCGCCUCUGUAUCGCGCAACGCUAA